UUUUUUUUUUUUUGAAUCAACGAAAUAUUGUUUAUCCUAUCGAUUGAUUGUAAUUUAAUUAAAAACGAACAAAGGAAUAGGGGAGGACUGUCUUUCUGUUUCUGUUUAAAUAGUUUAUCAACAAAUCAAUAAAUUUUUAUUUGGCAUUGUUGUUUCAACGCAGUGGGAGUGAGCAGCAAAGGGGAUACGUUUCGUUUAUGCUGCAAUUGCAAUAUUCGUUCGAACCGGUUGGUUUAUGUGAAAAAGUAUAAUAAUUAUUGUUCUCCCUUGUUUUACCCUUGAAAAAUGAACUGAAAACUAUGUAAUUCUGCAACAUAAAAGUAAAGCGUAUCCACAUACCUAUCUACAUAACAUAAUUUACAAAUUCGAAUACCUUGUGAACAUUUAAAAAUAAGAAAACGAUAAAAUAUGACAUCGUACAUCGAGCUCUGCGGAUUGUUUGUCAUAUUGAUGUUGCCGUUUUUGUACGAGACAAGCCAUAUUUUUCGAUAUUAUUUUAAAUUUCUAAUAUAUUAUGGCCUAGUGUCGUUUAACUCAGUGCUUUUGAUUCCUGCGUUUUUGUUUCGGCCUUGUGAUGUAAGGAAUUUGUUAUGGGCCAGUGCAUUUUGCCACAAAAUCUCAAAUCUAAUCGGUUUAAAAUGGGAACUGCGAGGAAAGGAGAUAUUAGAGAAGGAUCAAGCAUGUAUCAUUGUAGCUAACCAUCAAAGCUCAUUAGAUGUGCUAGGAAUGUUUGAUAUCUGGCCAGUUAUGAACAAAUGUACUGUAGUGGCAAAGAGAGAGCUAUUUUACGCAUGGCCUUUUGGGUUAGCCGCUUGGCUUGCCGGUUUGGUUUUUAUCGACCGCGUACGAUCAGAGAAAGCACGAGAAACAUUAAACGAAGUUAAUCGUAAAAUUAAAAAGCAAAACAUCAAACUAUGGGUUUUUCCUGAAGGAACACGUCGCAAUACCGGCGAAAUACAUUCAUUCAAAAAAGGAGCUUUUCACAUGGCCGUUGAUGAACAAAUUCCAAUAAUGCCGGUCGUGUUUAGUUCCUAUUGUACAUUCCUUAAUGAUAAAAAGAAAAUACUUAACGCUGGUCAUAUAAUUAUCUCCACUUUGCCACCAAUUCCGACGAAAGGUCUAACUAAAGACGAUAUCCCAGAGUUAAUGGAAAUAGUCCACAAGAAAAUGAUGGAAACAUUCAAAAAAACAUCAAUGGAAGUUCUUUCAAGGUAUAAAUCAACCAAGGAUCAAAGUACUUGUUCUAAAGAGACGCAACUGCAAGCCGAGAGUCUCAAGCUAAAUGAUGGCUACCGCCAAAAACAAACUACAAGCGACUUCCGUGAAUUGGCUAAGGCGAAUUGAACAUUCACGAUAAGUUAGAAAAAAUACAUUUUCAAAAAAUUCCUGACUGUUUUUAUAAAAGUAUAUAUCUAGCAUAACAUA